AUGCGGAGCUACGCUCUAUCUGCCUGGUACGGUCCAGGCUUUGUGAAGCUGGGAUGGAAACCGUCGUUCGUAUUGUACAAGUAUGGGUAUGACUACCGAUUCUUGUUCAGUUUCUACGAAGUGGUCACGCUAUUAGUCGCAUUGGGCCUCGCUUUUGGUGUGGUUUUAGCCGUCGGUGGACUCGCCUACUGCCAGAUUCGAGGCAUCUUGCGCAAUAAAACCGUUAUUGAGGAUUGGAUUAUGGUCAAGGCAAAUGACCGAAGAGAAUCCGAUUUGACGACUGCGCCAAUUGUGUACCCUUAUGAUCUUGGUUGGAAGAAAAAUGUACUCCAGGUUCUAAGCUGGAGUGGAAAUCCCAUAGGUGAUGGAUAUUCUUGGCCGCUAAAGCCUGGGUGUCGAAAGUACGAUCUUACAAUUGAGCAGAUACGCCAGAAGGAGCUGAAGAACAAGUCGGCGGUCUACUUCAAGAUCGAUCGGGCCUACGGCGGGAGCACCUUGCCCCUAAGCUUUGGCUGCCGCACCUUAUUUUAUCCGCCCUGUAGCGGCGAGAGUAGAAUGGCCGUGGCUGUCGGCGAUACUGUCCUUGUCACUCGGUCGCACAAACCGUCUCACGUUUUCCUGACACCUGCCGUCCUCUCGUGCUCCCGCCAAAUUGACGCGCGUCCCACUUCAUUGGGCAUUAGCUCGAGCAGGACACUCGGCGGGCUAUUUAAAUUCAAGGCUGCAAUCGAGCUCGUGACAAUGGCGCUUUCCCACCUGGUGAUUGCAAUUUUGGCGCUCCGUUUGUUUAAAUCAGACGCCACAUCAACCAAGUCUGUGCAUUACAUCGUUCAGGAGGAAUGUGACCCGGGCACUUACAUUGGAAAUCCCGUUCGUGAUGCCAGCAUUAAUUUGGACGAUAAGGCGCCACUGUUUAUCCAGCUGAUGUUUGGUAAAAAGGACAUUUUUUUGCUGAAUGAGACCACGGGGGAUUUGCGGACGACACAGCACCUGGAUCGAGAGUCACUCUGCAGUCGUGUGAUCCAACCACCGAGACCGCGUUCACCGCGCCGAUCAAUCGAGCGUGAGGCGGGUGCGGAGGUGAAGUACGCGAAUGUCGUCGUACCCAGCCACGCUUCACCACAGAAAUGCCAGGUUGAACUCAGUGUGGUGGUUCGCGCUGGCGAUGACCUCCUCGAGACGUGGAUAAACGUCCACAUUGUAGUGCAAGACCUGAACGACAAUCGCCCGUUCUUCGAAGAGGACGCGUGGAACCUCACGCUGAGCGAACUCACAACAGUCGGCUCGACGUUCCGGCUGCCACAGGCCAUCGACAUGGACGAACCGGAGCAUUCCAUACUGCGCUACGGGUUGGUUGAUGAAUCCACUCCCGCAUCCUGCCGACAGAGGUUUUCCAUCACCUGUCGGUCAGAAGUACUCUUCUGUGAUCUUCGUCUGGUCCUUGAAAAGCCCGUGGACUUUGAGCACUGCCAACAGCAUAACCUGGUCCUCUUUGCAGAGGACUCAGGCUACACCAAGGCGGUUUUACCUCUGUACGUCAAAAUCAGGAACGAGAACGAGCAUCAGCCACGGUUUAUUCAACCAACAACCCAGUUGACCGUCCCACGAGACAGUCAGGUUGGUGUGAUUAUCACCAGGUUUCACGCUGAGGACGAGGACGGUGGGCAGGAUGGAACAGUCGCCUACACGACAAACUCCUCCUUCUUCCAGGUGGCUGAUGGUAAGCUAACACUAACUCGCAGUCUGCUUCACUACUCCGGCGAUAGAAUGAACGUGUUCGUGACGGCAAGCGACGCUGGAUCGCCGCCGCGUCAUGCCACAAUCAGAGUGGUGGUUGAAGUAACCGGGCAGGAGGCAGAAGCAGGCCCUCUGAAGAUUUCUGUGAAGCCCCUCGGCGGAGAAGCAGUCACCGGUCCUGAGGCGCCUCUGGUGAUUCCAAUAUCAGCCGAAAAGGGUACCUUCGUUGCGCUGCUGUGGACCGACGGUGGCGCUUCGAAGAUCUCGUGUUCUCUACAGCCCAACAUUUCGCAUUUCUUCAUUGAAGAAACCGGUCUACUAAUGGGCAAGCCCACGUUUACCCUCAAAGUGAGGCAGUCGUAUAACUUUACGGAAAAAUUUAACCAAAUGAAUAGUCUCUUUGAGGGCAGAGAUGUUCGUGUUGUGUGCGCCAGCAGCCAAAUGCGGCUUCGUCUUAGGCUGGCGCGUCCACCGGGACAGCAGUUCCGAUUCCCGGAGGAGCAAGUUCGAGUCCACGUUGACGAGUCUUCCAGUCCGAUUCUCGGGUUCUACACCCUUGUACCCCUAAACGGUGUUGGGGAGGUACGCUUUGCAAGGGACCGCACCUCUGUGAAUUGCGACCAAGUCCACAUUCAUCCCAAGCUAGGCACUCUCUCGAUUCCCUUCGGUAUUGAUCGCGAGCACACGCCAGAAUUGAAGUGUCGAUUCUCGGCGUCGGAUAGCGACAAACCACCGAGCAAAAUUUACCUUAAUCUACUCAUAUCUGUUGGGGACAUCAAUGACUGUGCACCGGCCCUGUCGAAACUAGUCUACACCGUGCCAGAAUUCGAUAGUUUUGCUGAAAGCAACACCCUACCACUUUGGGUACCCCUUCUCAAAAUCAACCCUAUCGAUCCCGACGCUGGUCUCAACGGAUCGGUUAGCGUUGAACUGAGAGGCGCAAGCACUUUCGGCAACGUCUCCGAAAAUACGCGGAUUCCUGAACUUCGUCUGUCGUCGGAAUCUGGUGAGGUUUCGGUGAGGGCAAAGGACUACCCCCUACUAGACAGGGAAGAAAUUGCUGGAAUCCUGCUCUUCAUCUACCUGUGCGACUUUGGGAGCCCGUUUCGACUCUCCGCCACGUAUGAAGUCAAAGUUUACCUGGAAGACGUCAACGACAACAGUCCCGUGUUUUUCGAUGCCAACAGUAAAGCGCUGUUGGAGAACAUGCCGUGGUAUCGUUCAACCAACGAUCCCAAGCCAGGAUUCUGGACCCAGAUCAGCGUUUUCGAUCCAGACCAGGGUGAGAACGGAACCACGGUCCUGACGGUGGUGAAGGGUCGGCAGGAAGAUCCCGACGAACCGCGUCUACAACCCCACCAAGUCACCAUUUUUGACGACGGUCGAGUGUGGGUGGCAGAGGAGGUGGUGAGGGGUGCGUCUCGCAGCGUCGCCCACCUCCGCGCCACAGACAGGGGUUCCCGACGCCAACUCCACUCCGACGCCAAGCUCAUCGUGGACCCCACUGGCGACCAGACGGGGCGACACGAACACUCGCGUCCGCUGGUUCCACCCAGCCAUCGACCUAGUGCCCGACGCAUUGUCCAAAUCGAGGACAAGGCCACCGCGUCACGCGGCCCGCUCAGCAACGUCCACAUAAUUCUGCUUUUCGUUGGCGUCGGUUUAAUCGAAAAGUGCUACCGAGGUUUCGUUCGUAAUCUGUACAACCUCAAGGGCCUUCCUGUUGUUCCAGUGUUGAACAAGCUAGCCAGUAGUAACGGUGAUAGGCGUGCUGCUCUCGGCGGAUAA